AUCACCACCAUUUUCCUAUAUAUAUACACACACCAAGAUAGUCUUGGAUUGUUACACCGACCAAAGCAAGCAAGAAAAUGUUGAUGAAGUGUUUUCAAAGAUACGUUAUCCUAACUUUCGUUCUUUAUUCGAUCUUGUGCAUCAACCACACUGUCAAGUGCGAUGAUGAAGAUGACAAUCUCCUUAUAGGACUCAACAGCUACAGAACAACCCUAAACUUAUCAACUCUGACAGAAAAUGACCGAGCCGAAUGUCUAGCCGAUAAAGUAGCCGACCAAUUUAAGAAGCAACCAUGCACAAACACUACUGGUUCUAACACAGUUCCGGGUACUGAACAAGAGUUUUCUAAUUUCCCAGAACUCCUAGAGAAAUGUCAUUUGAACGUUUCAACUACAAGAGAUGGAACUAUUCUUCCUGCUUGUGUUCCUAACCUUGACCCGACCCUUGUACUCUCCAACUAUACUCGAUCUCAGUACUCAAUUUCCUUGAAUGACACCAAGUUUACAGGAGUUGGAAUUGGUUCUGAAGGUGACUGGAUCGUUGUUGUGUUGACUACAAGCACCCCUGAAGGUGGCUAUUCGCCUGGCAGUAAUGCUGUAAAUUUUGUUUCAAAGAUUGGUCCUAUGCACUACUCAAUGUUUGUACUCGUGGCAGUCUUCACAUUCUUGUGGAUUUGAUUUGUGUCAGGGCUGUAUGAGCAGUUUGUCUUUGAUUUUCAUAUUUUAUUCACACGGAGUUGUAGAGCGAUUACUUAUCUUAAUGUACUUAUUGGCUUUCUAGAACGAAGUCAGGAUUUUGCUUUAAGUUGCUUUAAGGUGUUUGUUAAAAUUUUAUGAUCCAGGUAAAUUCAAUAUGAAAUUUCAUAA